GGCUGCGGCAGUGCGCCCAACAGCGGACUCCGAGACCGGCGGACCUCGGCGAACCGCGCUCGCUCUCAACCACUCACCCACCACUCUUGGAACCAUGGCGGCAGUGGCGGCAGCUUCAGCUGAGCUGCUCAUCAUCGGCUGGUACAUUUUCCGCGUGCUACUGCAGGUGUUCCUGGAAUGCUGCAUUUACUGGGUAGGAUUCGCUUUUCGGAAUCCUCCAGGGACACAGCCCAUUGCGAGAAGUGUUCAGGUACUCUCUGCAGAAGCUGGCGUACACGGUGUCGAGGACCGGGCGGCAGGUGUUGGGAGAGCGCCGGCAGCGAGCCCCCAACUGAGGCCCCAACCCCCAGCCCUGGGCGGCCGCGUCACCAGGUGCUCCUGUGCUUCUCGGCCAGCAUGGGAGCCAGUGCCGCGCAGGAAUGGGGGGUCCCCUGUGCUCUCUCGCCAGAGGAGCAUUUGCCAAGGUCAGUGAGGGGCCGGUAGGCCCCCGGAGAAGCAGCACCGACAAUGACGACAAUACCAGAUCCCUUCCAAACCCCUUUGCGCCCCUCUGACCACUGGGUGGGGUAGAGGGAGGAGGGGGGUGGGGGGAGCAGACCCCCGAGAUCUGGGCACAGGCAGUGCAUUCUGAUCUGGACCAAGUCGGGACAACGCCAACCCAGCCCCGCAGCCAUGGCCAUGCCAGCAGGCCCCACCACAGAGAUCCAGACAACCAUACCAGCCAGCAGAAUGGACAUUCCAUCAUCACCAGCGGAAGCCCUGAAUCUCGAUGCAGCAGACAAGGCGCCAACUGCGUGCCUGUGUGGCGGGACUGGAGGGCAAGAGUGAGGGAAGAGGGUUAAGAAAUAGAGUGGGGCCCUCUCACUGUCCCUUGCCUACAACACGUGCAUUCCAGCCUUGCUGCCUUUGCUCCCUCGAUUCCCCUUCCCCCCCCCCCCGCCACUGCCUUCUAAGCCCACCCCAAAGAAAUGUCACUAAAUUUGGACUUAUUCAACCAGUAAAUGAGUCCCAUCUUUACUAAAACACCUUCUCCGAGCCCCUAGCCCCUCACUGAUCUUGCUUUCCCUGGUCUCACGCAGUUGUGGUCAAUAUUGUGGUAAUCGCUAAUUGUACUGAUUGUAUAAGUGUGCAUUAGUUGUCUCCCCAGCUAGAUUGUAAGCUCCUGGAGGACAGGGACCACCUCUACAAAAAAUAAAAAACCAGUACCUCCCCCAUCUCGCACAGUGUCCUAGGACCCUGCGGGGUGGUGGAGGUGCACCAAA